GGUGCUGCCGCCCUCCUCGUGGCCGCUGCAUCACGCGCGCUGCGGCUGCGCGCUGCUGCGCAACUAAGUCCCGCAGACGGUCCGGGCAAAGCGGGCGGCGCGAGGAGGAGGAGGAGGAGGCUGAGGAGGGCACGCACGGCACAGGCGGCGCGGUCCCUGCAAAGGCCGGAUCCAGCAGCCAUGGCCGAAGCGAACCCGCUCAGAGGGACACCCAGGAUGCGGCGGGCGGCGGCCUCCUUCCCAGGGAACCUCCACCUGGUUCUGGUCCUGAAGCCCAGCAGCUUUCUCCAGCGGACCCCCACAGACAUCGGCUUCCGCUUCAGCCAGGAAGACUUCAUGAUCAAGAUGCCUGUGGUGAUGCUCAGUUCUGUCACGGAUCUGCUCCGCUUCAUCGAUGACAACCAGCUGACCUCAGAGUUUGGUGGCACGCUGGAAUUCUGCCACAGCGACUGGAUCGUCCUGCGCACGGCCAUUGAGAGCUUUGCUGUUACGGUGAAGGAAAUCGCUCAGAUGCUGCAGGCUUUCGGCACGGAGCUGGCUGAGACCGAGCUAACGGAUGAGGCAAAUGCCAUCGACUACCUACUCCGGUCGCACACUGACAAAUACAGGCAGCUGAAGGAUGACAUCAGGUCUGUGAUGAGGCAGGGACGUCAGCUGCUGACUCGGUUGGAGGCAUCAAGAGCAGCAGAGGAGGACUCUGGGGAGGAGAAAGAUGUCAGUCAAGACUGGAACACUGUGCAGAGGCUCUUGGCCCAGCUCCGGGACAUGGAGAUGGCCUUUGACGGCUUCUUUGAGAAGCACCACCUGAAGCUGAAGCAGUACCUGCAGCUGCUGAGAUACGAGCAGAACUUCCAUGAGAUGGAGGCCUCUCUGGAGCAGCUGACAGCCCAGGAGAGGGAGAUACCUUCAGUAGGGGCUACUGUGGCCCAGACAGACCAGCUGAUCAAAGACUUGGACGCUUUGGACAAAAGAGCACAGGACGAGAUGAGCCGCGCCCAGAUCAUCAUUCUGCACGGGCACCAGCUGGCAGCCAACCACCACUACGCCAUGGCACUCAUCGUGCAACGCUGCAAUGAGCUGCGGCACCACUGCGAUGUGCUGACCGCCGCCCUGCGCGCCAAACGAGCCGCGCUCGCGCGCACCCGGGACCUGCUGCUUCGCCUGGAGGAGGCGCUGCGCUGGUGUGAUGAGGGAGCCUACCUCUUGGCCAAUCAGCUCAUGGAUAAAUGCCAGUCCAAGGAUGGUGCUCAGGCAGCGCUGAGAGACAUUGAGAAGUUCCAGGAAGGCACGCCCCCUCCCCUGAGCGCAGGCCCCCAGGUUCUCAGUCAGGAGUACGAGUCUAUACUCACCCCUCAGCUCCAGGCCCAGAUCGGGGCGGCCCAUGACAAGCUCUCUUCUGUGAAGGGGAUGAUCGAGAACCGGCAAGCCAGUCUCCGGAAGCUUGCCGAUAAACAGGAGCGGCCCGUCCAGCCAGUGGCCCCCCGGCCUGAGGCCCAGUCCAAAUCCCCCCUGUUCUCCCCCAAGCACGGUGUCGACUUCAAUUCUAGCUUAAGGUUUUCCUUCGACCUCUCUCUCCCGGGCAAGAGGGUGUCUCGGAAGGGCCCCGGCUCUCGGAAGAUUGAAGUGAUGCACGAGUAUGGGGAGAAUCGCAGCUCUCUGUCCUACCGUUUCAAUGGAGAGGAGAGUCCUGAUAUCCUAAAGCGUCACGUCAUGAAAGAGCUGAUCGAGACGGAGCGCAUUUACGUAGAAGAACUGCUCGCCGUGUUGUUGGGAUACAGAGCUGAGAUGGACAAUCCAGCCCUCUCCCGCCUUCUUCCCCCCAUCCUGCGCACCAAGAAGGAGGUCCUGUUCGGGAACAUGCCGGAGAUUUACAAGUUCCACAGCAGGAUCUUCCUGCAGGACCUGGAGGGAUGCUUGAACAACCCGGAGGCAGUGGGCUCCUGCUUCUUGGACAGGAAAGAAAACUUCCAGGUUUACAAACGGUACUGUCAGAACAAGCCACGCUCAGAAGCGUUGUGGAGACAGUGCUGUGAUUGUCCCUUCUUCCAGGAAUGUCAGAGAAAACUGGAUCACAAACUGGGCUUGGAUUCGUACUUACUGAAACCGGUGCAGCGCUUGACGAAAUACCAGCUGCUGCUGAAGGAAUUGCUCAAGUACAGCACGGGUGACAAAGGCACAUCUGAACUACAGGAGGCGCUAAAUGCCAUGCUGGAGCUCCUCAAAUCUGUCAAUGACUCAAUGCACCAGAUCGCUAUCACUGGCUACGAGGGGGACCUCAGUGACCUGGGCCGGGUGCUGAUGCAGGGCUCCUUCAGCGUGUGGAUCAGCCACAAGCGUGGCCCCACGCGCAUGAAGGAGAUGGCUCGCUUCAAGCCCAUGCAGAGGCAUCUCUUCUUGCAUGAGCAGGCGCUGCUCUUCUGCAAGCGCAGAGAGGACAACGGAGAAGGCUGUGAGAAGACGGUGUCCUACAGCUUCAAACACUGUCUCAGGAUGAGUGCAGUGGGAAUCACAGAGAAUGUGAAGGGAGACAUCAAGAAGUUUGAGAUCUGGUACAGUGGUAGGGAGGAGGUCUACGUGGUGCAAGCUCCAACUGUGGAAGUUAAGCUGGCCUGGCUCUGCGAGAUCCGCAAAAUCCUCACAAAUCAGCAAAAAGUCCUCCAAGAUGGAUCUGUCCCACCCUGUGCGACCCCAGAGCAUGUCCAGCUGUCCCCGCCCUUAUCUGAGAGCGUGGCUGGUGUCUUGAUGUGCACGGCCUGGACUCCCGCCCCGCUCGCUGGCUGCUCAGCUUGUUUUGAUGUCCCUCCUCACAGCAAGCUGCAGAGGUCCUCCUUCAGCUCCGAGGAGCCUGAAUCCGGCCGCACCAGCCCGGUCCUGACGGACCCGGUCAUUUCCUCCCCGCAACCUCAGCACAACCGGCGCAGCUGGCCCGGUGCCUCCCAGUCCGUAGACGUCUGUGACGGCCUAGAGGACUGGAGUGGCACGACGGACCUCUCCAACCUGUCCGACUCGGAAGAGGAAAUGGAGCCUUUUCAGCUGGCUGCAGGCAAAUACAGGGCUUUGGAGGACUGUGAACAGUGUGGGCAUGAUGGCCUCAUCAUCAAGAAUGGUGACAUCAUCCAGCUGUUGCAGGAGGAUGGCGAGGGACAGUGGGAGGUGAAGAACCUGAGUCGCGGCCAGGAGGGCCGGAUCCCGGUGUCCAACCUGCAGGUGAUCCUGGGGGAGGACAGCAAGGAACACUCGGGCAGGAUGGGCGGUACGGAUCCGCGCGGACCAGCCGGCCUUGUGCCUUUGCUCCUUUCCCAUCCGUCUCAUUGCGUCCGUUCUUGUCAAUCACAGAUCUCUUUCUUGUUUGUCCGUCAGAUCCCGGCAAUCUGAAAACGAGAAAACUGAGCUCUCCGUGAAAAGAUGACGAGUUUGCUUCCUCCAGUUCACAUAUGUUGGAGGUCCAUGCUGCCAUUUUUUUCUUUGUAACCCACGUUUACCUCUUGGGUAAGCCUUCAGACUGUGACAGCUGUCAGGGAUGGGGAUAGCGUUGUGACUAUUAAGAUCAAGAAUCCAGCUUCAAAGCUGAUGCCGGUGAAGGUGCUUUUCUCACUGACUGGGAUUUUAGCAUCUCAUAGUUUCAUUAAUACAUUUCUAUCAGUGCAGUAUCUCAGUAUACAAAGUUCUCGGAAACAGCCAAGAAGAAAACCUCGGAUGUCAGACGUCCUUCGUCAGUCGUCAUGUUUUUUAGCUGCUGAAGAGGUGGUUAAUACAAUAAGAGAACAUUAAUUUACAAUUUUGUUAGCUAUGAUUGGAACUAGAGGAACUGGAGGAUGAAUGUAUGACACUCAUCUCACAUUCCACCAAAUCUGCGUUCAAUAUGGGUUAAAUGUUCUCAAGGGUUCUCUAUGGACCGAGUUGGAUUUAAGCACAGAAUCAGCACCAUCCUGGUCAUGAUGUGGCAGGAUGGCUUUUUAAAGUUCAGAACAUCUGGUUACUCUCCAUUUAGCACAUCAGACUGAGGGCACAGUGUUUUCUGCAGCAUGCCUUCCUGCGGUCAACUUGUAGCUAUACGGUCCAGCAGCCGAAUGGUCGACCCUCGGAAGCACCUCGGAAAACAGGCUGAAAGGCUUCAUUUUUUUUUUUUUUUACAUAAGGGAACAUCUUAGUAAGUCCCGAACGAGGAUUUUUACUUUAAAAAGUUUAUUUUCUAAAAAAAAAAAAAAAAAAAAAAAACAGUACAUGCACUUUACUGUGUAUUCCUCUGCAGUAGGAAUAGCUCUGUAUUGUCUCACUUUUUGUCUGCCAUCGCUUAAAAACGGAGGGACUAACAUUUACAAUACAGUGUACAUGCCAAAACAUGCUGUGCCAAAAAUAUGUUUUCUCUGCCUUUUCUUGGUGACAAAUUUGUCGUGUUUUUCUUAACCGGAUCUCCCGACGUCAGCCGUACACCCGUGAGGUUCAUUCUUCGCUCUCGAUUUCAUAAUUUAUAUGUUUUACAGGUGCUCUUGUGAUAACGUAUAUAAAAGUAAAACACACUCACAGGGCAGGGGGACAUGAAUUAUAUUUUUCAGCUUUGUAAUGACAGCAGUAUGCAUGAGUGAUGGCAGUGUUACCUGGUCGGGCGGGAGGGGGGGGUCCUGUGCCGUUUAGUGGGAAACUGCAGUUGACCAACCUGGCCACAGGUAUGUACAGAGAUGCUGCUACGCUGUGUAUGUGUUCAGUAUACUGUUUUAUGCUAAUGAUAACUGGUCAUUAAAACUGAAAAACAAACGAAAUAAAAGUGAUGACGACUAUAGCAUAUUAAGCACAUUCUGACCCAUUGUGGUUGUACGGUAAUAGAAAUGCAUUUUAACUGUGUUUUUAAAGUGGGGCACAAUUGCCUAAAUCAGUGAUUAUGGUUUACCUGCACAUACUUGCUGUACAUAACACUUCAGAAUUUUCCACGUGUGACUGAAAUGCCGUAUUUUAUAUUUGUCUAAUGCCAGAGGGUAGAGCAGUGUGUUCUUUCAACUCGACAUUGUAAAACCAGAUGCCCCCAGAUUCAUAUACGUUCCGUUUAUUUAAUUCAUAAAGAUUAUUUGGCACAUGUGAAAUACACCUACAGUGAUGAAUAUUAAUUAGAAUUUGUGUCAAUCUGUUAUUCCGGAUGAAACCUUGUUAAGAUGUCAUUAAACACCUGUUGCAGCAUAGCUUUACGUGUCCAGUCAAUAGAUUAUUUACCCCUCCAAACUGUGCAUGUUUUUUCCAGUUCAUUUCUCCAUUCUGAAUUC